AUGACUGCUUGCGAUUGCUUUUCAACAAAAGGAAAUACAGCAAUAGAUCGAUGCAAUGAUAACUUUGCUAGUGUGCUACGACAGAUCGAAAAUGAAACUCAAAGAGAUUUGAGGCGACAACAUUUGCUUGAUGAGCGUCUUCGUACCUUGGCGCAAGAACCUAAACGAUGUGAGAAUCCACUGCGGUAUCAAUUGAUUCCACAACGCUAUCGUAUGAAACACCAGGGCUAUGCAGUUUGUCGCCUGUGUGCGGAACAAUCAUGUCAUCAUCCCGUACCGCCUUACACCAGCUUCAGUCAGAUGGAUUAUUUGAGGGAAAACUUACCUGAACAUCCUGCAAGAACCAUGAAUAAUGAUGAAUGUUACCUUACGGUUGAACUUGGUUGCUGUUUAGCCCGGAUUACGCAUUUGAUGUCUGCUUCCGUGAAAGCACUAAAGGAACUGGAAUUUGUCUCCGGCAAUAUGUAUCCGAUGCUAGGCAAUGAUAUCACAUAUUUAAAUGGUCUAUAUCUCCGAAUGAAAUCGAACUAUACACAAUACCGUACUUUGAAAAUGAAGCAGAUGACACCGGACAACAAGGCAUUACCACUUACUGUCGAAGCUGUUGAACUUUUCCAAAAAUCACAGGAUGCUAAUGACAAAGUGCAUUGCAAUUUGCUUGAGGAUGCUGUUGAUGAAGGUAACAAACGAUCUUUUGAAGGAGACCUACACAAAAUAUCGAAUACGGUUAAUUUUCGUAAUUUUAGUGAAAGUGAUCGGAUUUGA